UCACGUGACAGUCACUUGAAACGUGGCUCAUAGCACAAUAGUCGAGGGGCUUUUUUUAGUCCACCCUGGCUUUAUGCUGUCUGAAAACUUGCUGCGUGCUGUGAAAAGGCGAAUCUCGUAACUCACCUCUAGUGGUAUCAGGAUGAAGAAGAAAUGUCUGCUGUUUUGUCUUGGAGUGCUCCUCUCUCUCUGCUCAGCACAGAUGACACAACCUGAGGAGGGUGAAGGUGAGGAGGAAGUUGUUGACCUAUUCACAACACCCACUACCAAGAUGGCUGCAGCGAUCUCAGAUUUUGGAUAUAACUUAUUCCGCCAGUUGUCAUCACAUCACCCCACAGCCAACGUCUUUAUGUCUCCGAUAAGUGUAUCUCUUGCACUCACACAACUGGCAGUAGGUGCCUCAGAGCAAGCUGAAAGACAGCUAUACAGGGCUUUACGGUAUCACACUCUUCAAGAUACGAAAUUGCACAACACCCUGAGAGAUCUGCUGGUUUCUCUGAAAGCCCCUGGAAAGGGCUUCCGCUCUGCUGCACGUGUCUUACUAGCCAGGAGGUUACGGCUUAAGGCUGGCUAUCUGAGUGAUGUGGAAAAGCAUUAUGGUGUUAAACCUCUAACACUCUCUGGAGGAGCUCGUGAUAUGAAGACAAUCAAUGACUGGUUUAAGAAAGAAACGGGUGGCAAGAUUAAUCCAGUCAUGUCUACACCUCUGCCACGAAAUGGAGGUAUCGGCUCUGUAGGAGCGGCAUACUUAAAAGGUAAGUGGAUUACAAGGUUUAGCCAGACCAGUCAAAAGGAAAACUUCCACCUAGAUGGAGAAGAGCCUGUCCAUGUUCCCAUGAUGCACCAGACUAACUACCCUAUUAAAAUGGGAAAGGACUCAGAUAUUGGUUGCACGAUAGCACAAGUUCAGAUGGAAGAAGGGGUCAGCGUGUUCUUCUUCCUACCAGAUGAGGUCACGCAGAAUCUCACACAAAUAGUGGAAAGUCUGUCAGCAGAGUUUGUGCAGGAUCUAUCCAUGACCCUUCACCCCGCUGACGCAGAGCUUAUACUGCCUGUCCUGAAGCUCAGCUACACCACUGACUUCCUACCCUUACUACCUGAUUUGGGUCUUUCUGAAUGGCUGGCUAACACAGAUCUCGUCAAGAUCACUGCUCUACCAGCCAAACUCUCUGCAGUUCAUCACAAGGUUGUCAUGGAGAUGGCCCCAGAGGGCUCACAGUACGCCAUGGCCACUACUGUCCAGCCACAUCUGACCUACAGGGUGGACCGCCCAUUCCUGUUCUUAGUGCGUGAUGAGCCAACAGGCACACUCCUAUUCAUUGGGAAAGUGCUGAACCCACAGGAAAAGAAAGCAUAAGUGUUUGCUUUCACAGUUGUAAAUCCACAGUUAUGCAUGUACACAAAUGAAUAUAAUCUCUUUAGAAAGUAUACUAUAUUUCCCAUACUAGAAUUCUCCAUUUAGCCACCUAGCCAGUGCAUCAUCAGUGUCAUAUAUCAAAGCAGAUAAUGGAAUCAUUUGUAUGCCCACACAUUGCAUCUCCUUUCAAAGGCUGUCAGAUAACAAAACUCAAAACUUCAAAUAAACAGAACAGAAACUCA